AUGCACAGCUGUCUUCGCACUCCCGAAAUAGUCACCACCAUAUGCUCGCUGGUGGCCUAUGUCGAAGAUCCCCUUUGGAACCCCAACAGCACACGGCUGAAGAACCGAUCCCUCUAUGCCUUAGCUCGUACAUGCAAAGCCUUCGAGGAGCCAGCUCUGGAUGAGCUCUAUUGCGAAGUCCGCUGCAUUGGUCAGCUAUUCAUGUGCCUACCGCGGUCCCUUUGGAUGACGCAUGUAUUGGGGAAAAAAUGUGAAGGCGCCUCUAAGGUCUUCCAGUUCCAGCGCAAAAUGACCCGGAAUGAUUGGGAGAUAUUGGCGAAGUACCUACCCCGGGUUCGGCGACUCGUCAUCGGUAUCAACGACACUGUUCGUAUUGAUCCUAUAGCCUUCGCAGCCAUCCAAAGUCACUGUGGAGACGCUCUCUUCCCAAGGCUUCAUGACCUCUCUAUUUCCUUCAAGUGCGAAUUGCAUGACGACCUCUACCCCUUGCUGCUUUCUGGACCGUGCUUUAGGGCGACAGCACUUCACACGCUCCUAAUCCAAGACAUGUCUCCCCAGUCCUUUUCUCUGGUCAUAUCCCUUAUCCAUCAUUCACGCGAAACACUUCAAUCCCUCCUCAUUGACUCUUAUUCCACAAAAGCGCACGGCUGGGAGGAGUUAUCUGACCGACUCAGAGUUUCGGCACAGCAGAUGCUACGGCUCACAUCACUCGAUCUCCGUAUUCCUGAUACUUCUGCACAACGCGCUUUCCUAUCGACCUUUGGUGUCCCACCUUCUCUGGAACAUCUCACCCUUGAGACUUGCCAUUACCGCUCAGGUCGGCCAGUCCCUGCUACUCCAGCGCCUACUAUACCCCUUAGAAAAGUGACCUCUCUUGAAUUACGCGGUGACUCCUCCACGAUAGAAAAUGCUGUACGCCACUGGCUACCUGACAUGGACUCUCUAACAUCUCUCCGGGUUCAAUUAGACGGCGGCAAAAGGGGGCCACCUUUGAUCGCGCUUGCCGAAAAGUUCCACAAGACAACGAAGAGCAUUCAUCUGACGUACCAUGAGUACACGAACAUGUACAUCAGCAUGCUGCAUCCCCUGUUUCAGUUCCGCAGCCUAACCGAGCUCCAUGUUUUCAUGGGCGAGGUGAACCCAUUCACCAAUGACGAGCUCGUCUGCCUUGUAAAAGGUCUCCCCCUUCUGGAACGGUUCUCUCUUGAGACCGUGUUCUUGCCGGAGGCCACGCUGCGCGGCCUCGGCCAACUGUUGCAAGCAUGUCCUCAACUCAAGCACCUCAAAACGGGGAUAGAUAUCACGGAGGCUUCAAACGCCGACUAUGGCCUCUCAACUUUGGGGUUAUGCAGCCUGGCGCUCACAUCGUGGCAAGUCUCCGGAUCUAUGAUUGAUAGUGUUGAAUUUGCGGCUCGCCACAUUUCACGCAUGGUACCUCAUCUACACAAGCUGACGUGGUCAGAUGAACCGUGCAAUGUAGCAAAGGAAGAGGAGCUCGAGUGGGAAAGGGUCAAUGCUUUGCUGGCGUUUCACCGCAAAGCUUCGCAGGAGUACCAGAUCGCCGUCAAAGGCAUUGUGGUGUAG